CUCCGAUCGCGUCGGGCCGGUCUCGUCGCAGAUGGAAGCACAGGAAGACUUCCCAAAGAGUAAAGACAUGCAUCUCCGAACGGGACUCGGAGUACCCCGACCUAUUGGACGGUCACAUAGCCUCGGCUCUUCAACCCCGAAUACGACGCACGUACGUAUAUAUCCCUCUCGGAUGUCCGACAGAAAGCUGUUACGCACUCCUGCUCCGGAUACAGGCUUCGUGACCACAUGAGGAAAGCUCCUCUGGACGUACGCCGACCAAAUGUCCCACGAUGGUUAUAAAAGGCCGGCUCUUAGCCCCCCCUCCUUUGUUCAACUGUACUGUGCACCUUGCUCGCUUCAACCUCGUACGCCAAAUCUCAACCACAAACGACAUCAACACAUUAUUUCAACCACCACCACCAUACAAUGACGGUCCUCUCAACCCCACCCCGCGUCCUAAUCAUCGGCGGCGGGUUGGGCGGUCUAGCCCUCGCCAACGGGCUCGCGCGGCAGAACAUUGGAUUCAAGCUGUUUGAACGUGAUGCGACGCCGACAGAUCGACUGCAGGGGUUUCGGAUUGUGUUGAGGAAUGAUCCGAAGAAGGGUCCUAUGAGUGUUGAUGCUUUGAGGGAGUUGCUCACCAGGGAGGGGUUUGAAAAGAUCUAUGAGAUGAGCGGAGAAGGCGGCGCUGCCUCAACCACCAUGAACGCCCAGCUAACCAUCCAACACAAGAUGGUCCUGCCCGGCGGCGGCGGCAUCUCCAUCGGGCGUAUGGCACUCCGCGACAUCCUCCUCGAAGGCCUCCCAUCGCAGGCCGUCUACUUUGGGAAGAAAUUCACAUCGUAUUCGCGUAACGGCGAAAACGGGACCAUCGUCGCGCACUUCUCGGACGGUUCGCAGGAGGAAGGCACGCUGCUCGUCGCUGCGGACGGGGGCAACUCGCGGAUCCGGCGGCAGUUCUUCUCCGAGCUCGCGAGACCUGACCCCAGGAUCAUCACGCAUGUCUCCGGAGUGGUGGCCAAGAUCCCGGUCACGCCCGGCUCCGUCGCCGAACAGCUCAUCGGCGAAACCCAUCUCGACGAGGGGAUGAUACUAGCCUCCGCGCCCGGGCGGUCGUUCUACGCCGCGCGCCUCAUCUUGCCUGCCGCGACCGAACGACUGGAGGAAGAUUUCGCGUGGAGUAGGCACCGGUCGUACAUUUACUGGGUGCUCAACACCUCCGCGCAGGACGUCGCGGGUUACCUUGCGUCGGUGGACACACCCACGCCGUACGACCUCACAGGCGCGCAACUCCUCACGCAUGCGACGCGAUUGCUGAAAGACGGCGGGUUUCAUGAGAGUAUCCUGAAGAUGGUGGAGCAAUCGCACCCGGAUACGGCGGUGUGGCUCGAUUUUAAUUCGGGGGAGAGGUGUGAGUGGGCUAGUGAUUCGCAGGUCACUUUUGUUGGGGAUAGCAUACAUGGGAUGACGCCGUAUCUUGGGGCUGGGGCGUUGGUUGCGAUCGGGGAUGGGUGGGAGUUAGCGAAGGCGCUUGGGGAGGCUGGGAGGGGGGAGAAAAGCUUGAGGGAGGCGGUGGAGGGGUAUGAGGGGGAGAUGAGAAACAGGGCGUAUCCGAUAAUGGAGGGGGCUUUGAAGAGGAUGAGGGGGUUGACGGCGAAGCCCGAGGGAGCGUGAAGUGGGAAGAUUCAGGUUCGCUCUCGACCACAGUCAUCUACGAGAUGAGGUUCUGUGGUCCCGUCUUCCCUAUGUACAUGUAUCUCAAAAACACGCGAAUAUACAUGAUCGAUAAGGAUACCCGCAUUCGCUGCAUUCCCUGUGAAGGCUUUGUCGGCUUUGCGGUUGGCCAACAAGGCCAAACGAGAGGAUCACUGGGUGGAUAACAUGUUGCGUUGAAGUUCGGUAGACUGCAUGUGCAGUUCUCAGGAUGUGGAGAACCCCGCCGAGACGCGGUCGCGAUGUCCGAACGCGGCAUGUCCGAAAGGUG